AUGGAAACCGUUUCCAUUGUUCUCUCCCACGCCUCUCUCGCACCCCUCUAUCCCCCACCUCUCUAUCCCCCACCCCUCUCUCCCACCCCUCUAUCCCCCACCUCUCUAUCCCCCACCCCUCUCUCCCACCCCUCUAUCCCCCACCCCUCUCUCCCACCCCUCUAUCCCCCACCCCUCUCUCCCACCCCUCUAUCCCCCACCCCUCUCUCCCACCCCUCUAUCCCCCACCCCUAUCUCCCACCCCUCUAUCCCCCACCCCUCUAUCCCCCACCCCUCUCUCCCACCCCUGUAUCCCCCACCCCUCUCUCCCACCCCUGUAUCCCCCACCCCUCUCUCCCACCCCUCUAUCCCCCACCCCUCUCUCCCACCCCUCUAUCCCCCACCCCUCUCCCGCCACCACCAACUACCAAUGCCAGGAGGAGCCAGCCCCCAAGGAGGAACUGGGCUUUGGAGGAGCCAGCUGGCGAGGAGGCAGAGGGAGCACCUCGGGGCCAGCGGAAGUCACUGUAUGCGCAGAUCACGGACGUGGGGUUGUAG